AAUUACUUUCUUUCUCUUUACAAAACUCUGACAUUUCUUUCAAUUCUCUCGCACACACAAACAAAAACAAAAAAGUUCACUUGAAUGGAUAAUGACUCGUCCGUACAGAUUCCUCUCAACCGUUAUUAACUCAUCACCAAAACCAGCUACAGAAUCAUCUCCUGAAGUUGCAUCAGUCGAAUCCGAUUUCGUAGUUAUUUUUGCAGCCUUAUUAUGUGCUUUGGUAUGUAUAAUUGGUCUAAUCGUCGUAGCCCGUUGUGCGUGGCUACGACGCAGAUCAAUAGCUAACCGUACACUUAACAACCAACCUUCAGCCAAUAAAGGAAUAAAGAAAAAACAUGUCGACUCAAUUCCUAAAUUCGCAUAUAGUUCCAGUUACGGUACGGAACUGGUUGGCGGAAGAAAGCUUUCUUCCGCCGACUGUGCCAUCUGCUUGGCUGAAUAUGCAGAUGGUGAUGAAAUCCGUGUCCUACCACAGUGUGGACACGGAUUUCAUGUUGGAUGUAUUGACAAGUGGCUUGGGUCUCACUCGUCUUGUCCGUCUUGUAGACAGAUUUUGGUGAUAACUAGGUGUAAGAAGUGUGGCGAGUUUCCAAUGGUUUCAGAUGGGAAUGUUUCGGUUAUGGUGGAACCACAUGAAGGUUUGAAUCUCUUCCUAUGCAAACGUGAUGAGGGCAUUAGAAAUUAUAUUCAUCCAACAUAUAGAAAGAAAACCUGGGCAUGGUCAAUAAUAAAGCUGGUGUGCGUGUAUCUGUAUCGAGGGGUGAUCACAGGAGUAUCAAAAGAGAGUAUCCUUUUCACAGAAGAAAGAUUCUUGUUUUUCAAAGCUUUAAACUUGUCUUCAAUCUGGAGAAAAGAUGAGAACAUUGAAGUAGACAUAUCAUGAAUCUCUUGAGGAGAGAUUCUUUCACCCUGCACAGCUUUGUUAGAAAUCUCACACUCUUUGGACUGAGUGGAGCAAUCAGGAGAAUUAAAAACAUGCAACAUUUGAACAGGGGUGGUCU